CUGUUCCAGCCCUCGUAGGUCAGUCCAUAGACUGAGGAGAACACCAGUCCAGGUUUUUGUUCCAGCCCUCGUAGGUCAGUCCAUAGACUGAGGAGGACACCAGUCCAGAUUAGUUGAAUCAUCUAUGGCUGCGUUUUGUAUUAGCUAACCUGUAAUUCCCGGUAAUGGAAUCAUAGUUAUCACAUAUCAUGGUGUACAAACUUUAGCUACAGAGCUAACAUCCUUCGCUCCAAUUCUAGUCCCAGUUUGCCCCCUAGCUGUAUGUCUACAUAGAUGCUCUCAGAACACAGACACAUAGCAGUAAAUACAUGGGAGAGAGGAGUCCACAGAGCUAAUAGCAUUCUUCAACAGUGGCUGAAUAAAUGUUCCAUUCAUGGGUUCCAGAUACAUCGUCACGCCAGGUUAGUCACGCUUCUUGAACGGAUUCACGUGCGCUCCGUUCCGCUCCGCUCCGCCCCGCGCCGCCCCGCCCCCGAUGGACCAUGAAAAAACAAGACGCACAAGUUUUCACAGUUGUGUCUGAGAUCCGGGCUCGCAAUGUUGGGGAACUUCACUGGUUACAUUACAUCUUAAAAUAUUUAUUUUAUGGUUAAAAAACCUGAGGAAAAUUGUAAAGAUAUUCUUCGGAUAAUCAGGAAAAUUGUAGAGAUAUUUUUUCGGAUAAUCAGGAAAAUUGUAAAGAUAUUUUUUCGGAUAAUCAGAUGUGCUUUAUGAUUCACAGUUCUUGGGUUUGAUGGGGGCGUUGCAUAGUUGUUGCUGGCGGAGUUACUGCCAUCUCGAUGACAACCUAGAUGAUAAGACCGCUGUAUUACGAUAUGACACUUCCAAAACGCAGAGCACCAGGACUCAGAACUCCAGAGCCAGUAUGUCCAGCCACAGUGACCCAAGCCCGGGUCAGGAGGGCCUGUCUUGGAGGACAGAGGAGCAAGAGUGGGUCCCCUGGAGCAGCCCCAGUAACCCCAUGGGCGAUGCAGAGUCAGACGGAGAGCUCCAAGCCUUUAUCACGAUGAGGAACGAGGCAGACACGUACACAGAGGAGUGGGAGAAGCUCAACUAUGACAUCCAUAGUCUGAGGUACACCAAACGAGAGAUCAGCAGCCGAUGGAAGAAGAUUCUAACCCAGCUAGGCUACCAGCGUGAGGUUGACUCUCUCCUGACGGUGAACAGACAGCUGUUACAGACAACUCUGAGUGAAUCUGAUAACCUGAACAGAGCCAGACAACUGUUACAGACCACUCUGGACCACUCUAGCUUGUUCCCACGAGGAGUGGCUAGCACAGACAGAUACCUCUUUGUUAUGGAUCGCUUGGUGUCUCUGGAUAGUGCAGAGGAUUUCAUCAGACUGGCGAAGGAGAAAUACCCAAAGAGAGAGGUGUGAAUGAGAGAAAGAGAAAGAAAAGAUAGAAUGAUAGGGAAUGUUUUGUGCUCCUCCUGCCGGCACUAGAAGGAAUGUGAAGAUCACAGACGUCCCUUAGACACUUUAACUGAUUAUAACUCACCUCACAUAUUAGAACGUCUAACGUGCCUACAAAAGUCAUUUUCUAUACAAGUAUGUGUUUCAUAGUUUCAGUAUUGUUAUGGCAACAACAACAAACAUUGUAGAAUUGUCUGUAAUAUUUAACCGUUGUAUCAGUCUGAAAGGAUACUUCUUGAUACAGCGUUUCUUUAACAAGAACUAAACAUUUAAUUGAUUAACUAAAUUGAUUCUCUCGAUGUCUAUCAAUGUCACCUGAACAGACGUUCGUGUCACAGCUGCUGGUAUAUCAAUCAAAUGUAUUUAUAAAGCCCCUUUUUUUACAUCAGCCGAUAUCACAAAGUGCUGUACAGAAACCCAGCCUAAAACCCCCCCAAAACAGCAAGCAAUGCAGAUGUAGAAGCAUAUCAUGUACCGGCAUUAUCUGACCAGUAGAGGGAACCAUUUGUCCUCAUCCACGAGUAGACAACCCAGGCAGUAGGCCAGCAAGACCUCAGCAUCACAAAACCUUCACGUCAGG